AGAUGCCAUCUACUUGUAAUAGGGUAAGAAAGCUCUGCUAUGGCUUACCCCUGGAAAACUUGGGAGCUCUUUUAAAGAAAAAGCACUGUACACUCACAUUUCCCUGAAGUGGGGUGUUUUGUUUUGUUUUAAUUCAUGCACCAAAUUGUCUGUGAAGGCAAAUAUUUAGUUUAUUAUUUUCCAUGCUGAUAUAGAGACAAUCUGCUGUCAUUGCCCAGGGGAUUAGUGUCCAGAGAUGGGAUUAUAUUGUAGCCAAGCAGGAACUGAAUGAGGUGGAUAUGGAGCGUGAAAAAGAGCAGUGAGCAUUUUCUUGGGAAGCGUGUAACUUCAAGGCCUAUGAAACAGGCCUUGAUGUGAGCUGCAUAGAGACCACAAAUGUGGUAUGGAAGGAAAUAAGUCUGAACAGUUGGGGCCAGUUUGGUAGGAGGUGCAUGAGCGUUCCCCUCCCUGCUGUUUGGCUCAAGGCCUCUUGCCUAGUGGAACAUGUUGUGUUAGCUUCAGUCCUACAGUGCUGAAGAAGCUGGACUGAAGUAAGGAAGACCUUCCCCGUUCUGAAUCCUGCCACUUCCUUAAUAUGCAAACCUGGGAAUCAUGCAUCAACAACCCUUUUUGUCUCCUGAUCUUCCCAGGAUCAUGGGAAAAAGAAAAUUUGAUGUGUGCAUUUCAAAUUCGCUACCCUUAAAAGGAGAUCCACAAGCUCCUUGCAUCCACAGGUUCUUCCCAGUGAUUUACUUGGGAUCGCUGGAUGUCUCCUGCUUGAUGAGACCCUUUUUGGUGGGAUGUGGGGCCAGUGUCCACAGCUCUGGCUUGCUCUACCCAAAGGUGGCUUGGGUGAUUAGACUGAUGGCUUCCUGACGUCAGAUGAGAUCCGUUAAAAGGUAUUUAUCUCAGGCUUGGGCCAAAGCUGCGGGAGAGAUUAAAAAAGAUUGAGGCCAAGAUAAUCCCCUCGCAGCAUCCCACUAAAGUGGCUGCCAAAAGGCACACCACCAAAUCUUUUGCUGCUCCUGGCCUCUGCGCCCAGUUCUGUUUUCCCCACGCAGAGCUGGAGUUUGCUGCCCAGAGAGGCUGGGACCCCUGCCCUACACCACUGUGGGUCUUGCCUUGGCAGGACUGCUGUGAGUGACACAAUUUCCUCUUCCUGGCGUGCACAGGGCACAAGUGGCACUCUGUAUCUGCAAAAAUGGGAAAUUUCUGUGGACGUGAGGUACAUGAGCCCUGCCCCAGUGGUUUAUAAUCCUAGCCUGUUCUGGCUAAUCUUCACUUUAUUAGUCCGUGGCUCACAUAAACAUGGAUUCAAAUGUGCCCGCAAUGUUUGCUUUCCCUUCAGGAGGAGUGUGCUACUCUCUCUUUUCACCCCUCCCCAUCCACCUGCUUUGCAUUACGUCCCAAUCCGAUUUCCCCAAGUCUCUGGUGUCUGAUUUAAUUUGCCUGACGCUGCUCCUGGAAUCAGCCCUCCCCCGGCCCCUCCCGUCCACAGCCUUCCAGCUCCCCAUGGGGAGAUCAGUCCUGGGAGAGGUUGAGGAGCUGAGAAGGAGCGAGGGUGGACAACAGGACCGAUUGGGCACCACGAGGGGACGAGGACCUUCUGGCUGGAGGGAAGCCAUCCUCAGCUGGGAGGCAGGCUGUGAGACUCCCAGCUAGGGAAAGCGACCCAGCCUACGCUACAGAUCCUGAUUGAAGGUUGCCCACGUGGAAAAGCCACCUCUAGCUCAGAAAGAUGGGAGAAAUGGAACAGAUGAAGCAGGAGGCUGAGCAGCUGAAGAAGCAGAUUGCGGAUGCCCGGAAAGCUUGUGCAGACACAACACUUGCUCAGAUUGUGUCUGGAAUGGAGGUUGUCGGCCGCAUUCAGAUGCGGACCCGAAGGACUCUGCGUGGGCACUUGGCCAAGAUCUACGCCAUGCACUGGUCAACAGACUCCAAACUACUGGUCAGUGCCUCACAAGACGGGAAACUGAUUGUGUGGGACACAUACACAACUAACAAGGUUCACGCCAUCCCUUUGCGUUCCUCCUGGGUCAUGACCUGUGCCUAUGCACCCUCAGGUAAUUUUGUGGCCUGCGGGGGCCUUGACAACAUGUGCUCCAUCUACAACCUCAAGACACGUGAAGGCAAUGUCAAAGUGAGCAGGGAACUCUCAGCUCACACAGGUUACCUCUCCUGCUGCCGGUUUCUUGAUGACAACAGUAUUGUGACUAGCUCUGGAGAUACCACGUGUGCACUCUGGGACAUUGAGACAGGGCAGCAGAAGACCGUUUUCCUGGGUCACACUGGAGACUGUAUGAGCUUGGCAGUUUCCCCAGACUUCAAACUGUUCAUCUCUGGAGCCUGUGAUGCCACUGCCAAACUGUGGGACGUGCGGGAGGGUACCUGCCGCCAGACAUUCUCAGGGCAUGAGUCUGACAUCAAUGCCAUCUGCUUCUUCCCUAAUGGCGAAGCCAUCUGCACUGGCUCAGAUGAUGCCACCUGCCGCCUCUUUGACCUCCGGGCAGACCAGGAGCUCAUAGUGUACUCUCACGAAAGCAUCAUCUGCGGAAUCACAUCAGUCGCCUUCUCCCGCAGCGGGCGCCUCUUGCUUGCUGGAUAUGAUGACUUCAAUUGCAACAUCUGGGACUCCCUGAAAGCAGAACGUGUGGGAAUCCUUUCUGGCCACGACAACAGGGUGAGCUGCUUGGGCGUUACAGCAGAUGGCAUGGCUGUUGCCACUGGCUCCUGGGACAGCUUCCUCAAGAUUUGGAACUAAGGACAGCAGAGGAGAGAGAAAGAACAGCGGAAGCAUGGCCCACGGCAACCGCAUCAUCAGCCAAGCACAACAGAAACACCCACUUGUCACUCUCACUUCUCUC